UACCACUCAACGAAGGAACCAGUGAUUCCUAGUCAUUUGAAACGUCAUUUGUGUUUGGGAGUGACGUCAAGAUUUGGCUGCAAUUGCUUAUAGAAAAAAUGAAAGGAAGUCAAAUAUGGGCAUAUGUGAAUGGUACAGUUUUUGGAGUUCCGACUGUUUUCAUUUGAAGUUCUAAUGGUGCACAUGCAGCAUUUUCAAACAGUUGGUUUGGCGUGCAGACAGUUUACAUAUUUUAUUGUGCUGAUGGCAUCAUUGAGAAUAAAAUCAGUUAUGUAGGUAUUCAGAAUAAGUAAGUUCCAGGCACAAUGGGGCCGGGAGUAAGGAAGAAGUUUAAAUCUGGCCAUACCUUUUAUCUGUUGACAUCAUACAUUCUGUGGCUGCAUUUGAUUACUGAAACCAGUGCUGCCCUUCAGCUAACACCAUGCUAUAAAUCCCGCAAAGUGUUUAAUAAUUCUUGGGGUAUUAUUACGGAUGGACCUUCAGGAUCAAAUUAUACUCAAGACUCACACUGUGAAUGGCUAAUCAAAGCUGUAAACAGCAGCCAGUUCAUUACAUUGAAAUUCCAUACAAUGAGUACAGAAUGCUCAUAUGACUAUGUGUUUGUUUAUGAUGGUGAUUCAUUUGAAUCACCACUCAUUGGGAGCUUCAGUGGCAAGUCUCAACCACAGCAGGUUACUGCAACAUCAGGAGCUAUGCUGUUAUUGCUGUACAGUGACACAAAUUAUGUACUGGAUGGUUUUCGAGCUGAAUUCUUUGUUACCAACUGUCCAAACAACUGUUCAGAUCAUGGAAUGUGCUCACCACUGCAUAAAUGUUACUGUGAGGGAACAUGGGGAGGUCAUGACUGUGGAUUAGAUUUGUGUCCAGAAGGCUGUGGCAAGGAUUUACAUAGGGGUGAAUGUAAAAUGAACAGAUGCCGUUGUGAACCUGGAUAUUCAGGUCAAGCAUGCAGUCUCUACAGAGCUGAUCAGUCUGGAAACAAAUGGCACUGGUUAUCUCAUUCAGAUGGAGGCCUCACACCUCGUGCAGCCCAUACAGCUGUAUAUCAUAAAGAGACAGACUCUCUCUUUGUGUUUGGUGGUUAUAAUUUGAACAAGGUGUUGGGUGAUCUUGAAGUUUAUCGUUUUGCAACAAGCCACUGGGAAGAUCAGCAUGGAAAUGAGUUAGCUGGAACAGAUGGUAUAGGACAACCAGAUCAUCAGAUAAUUGCUGCAGUGUUAGGGGCGAUGGCUCAGGGCACCUCCAGAGAUUGGGGCGGGAUGUUAAGUUUGGUGGAGAACAGGAAACAGAUCAACUACACAGAGACAUAG